GAAUGGAAACACAGAUUGAGUCCAUUGUCUAACAGAACACACGAUUCAAUCCAUACAUCAAUUGAUCCCAAACUGAUCGCACAAUCAACACAUCGAUGACAUCCUAUCCAUCACUUCCAAUGGUUCCGGCGCUGUCUGUGGGCUGUCUGAAGCGUAUUAUCAAGUCUACGGGUCCGCCCACCGCCGCUGACGUCCGCCAAUCGGUUGUCCAGAUUCUUGGGACCAAACGGGUGGCCAACGGAUCCAUUCGUUGCAUACUAUGGGAUGGCGUCGACUCUUAUAAGAUGGCUAUCAUUAAGCAGUCGCCCGAAAAUGACGCCAAAAUGGCGUCCAAUCAGUUCCAGACCUAUUCGGUCGUCCGACUCAUCAACUAUUGGGUGUCCACUAUAGGCGCCAACGACGCGGAAGUGCUGGUCAUCAGCCAAUUGGAGACAUUGAUGACAGGUUCGCAAAUCAACUGUAAGCUUGACGUCGGGCCGCAGCCGACGCCCGCCCCUUUGCCACCGCCGGCCAACACUUGCGAUAACCAAAACAAUAUGAAUAACGCGAAUAACGAGGCGUCGAUCGACACGUCGAAAGUGUGUCCAAUUCUGGCCAUAACUCCGUUCUUCAACGCGUGGCUAAUAAGGGCUCGAGUGGUGUCGAAGACAGCCGUCAGGACUUAUAAGGGACGCGACGGGAAAGCCGACGGACGGCUCUUCUCUUUCGAUGUGGCGGACGAUUCGGCGGACAUUAGGUUCACUGCAUUCAACAAAGAGUGCGACAAAUACUUCGAUAUCAUUGAAAAGGAUAUGAAUUACUACUUCCAAAGAGGAAGCGUUAAGUCCGCGAACAGAAAGUAUUCAAACCUUAAAUCCGAUUACGAAAUCACUUUGAAUGCCGACUCAGUUGUAGUGCUGUGUAAUGAGGCGAUGGCAGCGCCGCCCGUGCGCUUCCGCUUCACCGCAAUCGCUCAAUUGGAAGGUCAGGCCGUCGGCGAUCUCGUGGACGUCAUCGGUGUUGUACGCAAUGUGGGAACCAUUCAGACGAUUGUGGCGAAGAAGACAAGCAUUGAAUACCGCAAACGUGACGUUAGUAUAGUUGACAAGACGUUGGCUGAGGUUAGGCUCACUCUAUGGAGUGAAGAGGCCGACGGGUUCUGUGGCGUUGCCGGACAAGUGAUGGCCAUUAAAAACGCAAUCACUUACCCGAAGCCCAUAUACUNCUGUGGCGUUGCCGGACAAGUGAUGGCCAUUAAAAACGCAAUCGUCGGCGAGUUUAACGGCAAAACACUGAAAUGCGCGGCCAAUGCGACCACUGAUUUGGAUCCAGACUUACCCGAAGCCCAUAUAUUGAAGGGUUGGUACGACCGAGAGAUGGCCGGCGGCGGCCUUAAAGACAUUCGAGCGCUGAGCAAAGGCAGUGACGGCAACGGCGGCGCAAAUGAGACCAAAUAUUUGUGUCAAAUUAACGAAGAGUCUGUACCCGAAGGCCAGACAGUGUACUAUAAUUGUAAGGCCACUGUUGUGGCCACCAAUCGGUCGGAGCGACACAUGUAUAAGUCGUGCGCAAACACCGGCUGCUCGAAGAAAGUGCGCGAAGAAAACAAUUUCUAUUAUUGCGAGAAAUGUAAACACAAUUCACCUCAGUUUGAGUGGCGGCUUAUGAUCUCGUUGUCGCUCAACGACCCCACGGGUGACCAUUGGGUGACCGCUUUCCAAGAGGUGGCCGAAAAGAUUACGGGCAAACCGGUGGCCGAACUGUCGGCCCUAUACGAGUCGAGUCCCGAUGAAUACCAGUCGUUGAUAACAUCGACACUAUAUUUCAAGACAUUUGUAUUCCGAAUCGGUUCCCGAAUCGAUGUGUAUAACGACGAGCGUCGCGUGAAGUCGACGUGUUUCGCGGCCACACCUUUGGAUCCGAUACAGCGCUCCAAAGAGUUGAUUGAAUUCAUAAAGUCUUCGAUCAACUGA